GCUUCCGUAGAUGCUUUGAAGUACCGCCUAUGACCACGUGAUUCACGAGACUGGGUUGGAGUCUGAGUUUGUUAUGAAUUGCAGCUGAAACUGUAAUUGGUGUUAGAUAUAAACAAUGUCUUCAUAUAAGGGAAAAAUAAUUACAGUUGUAGGAAGUGGGUUAAUCGGCCGCUCCUGGGCUAUGGUGUUUUUAAGUGGAGGAUACAGGGUUCAAAUCUAUGACAGUCAGCCAGGACAAGCAUCAAGGGCCAUCGCAGAAAUCAGGAAGCAAGUAGAGGAGCUUCAGGAUGCUCAAAUGCUCAGAGGAAAUCUCAGUGCUACAGACCAGAUGAGUCUGCUAAGCAGUCAUGAUGAUCUUUCACAGGCACUAGAGGGAGCGUUUUUUGUUCAGGAGUGUGUUUUUGAGGAUCUACAAGCCAAGCAGACUGUUUUUCAAUCUGUGGAAAGUCACGUGGGUGAGGACACAAUCCUCAGCAGCUCCACCUCGUGUCUGAUGCCUAGCAACGUUUUCUCUCUGGUCCAGAACCGAAAACGCUGUAUUAUAUCCCACCCGGUGAACCCUCCCUACUAUGUUCGUCUGGUGGAGCUGGUUCCUCACCCCGAGACACUGCCUACGGCUAUGGACAUGGCUUUUGAAUUGAUGACUGAGGUGGGGCAGGCACCUGUUCGGCUCAGGAAGGAGAUUGAUGGCUUUGCACUGAAUCGAGUCCAGUAUGCCAUUAUAGCAGAGUGCUGGAGACUGGUUAAAGAUAAUGUGAUCUCAGUAAAGGAUAUCGAUCUAGUGAUGUCAGAGGGACUGGGCAUGCGCUAUGCUUUCAUUGGUCCAGUUGAAACUAUGCAUCUAAAUGCACCAAAUGGCCUUGAAGACUACCUUGGACGCUAUCGGGAGGGCAUUAGAAGAGUUCUGUCAAGUUUUGGACCUAUUCCUGAGUUUGAUGGAGAAGCAGCAGCUAGAAUCAAUAAAGAGAUCUGUGAGCUUAUCCCCAGUGACCAGGAGCAUCUCUCUGCCAGAAGAGAGAGAAGGGAUCAGUUGCUCAUGGGGCUGGCAAAGCUUAAGAAAUGAAUAACGUCUACCACAUUACUCAUAGUUUCAACUUAAGAAACAAGAAAACUACUUUAACUGAGCUUUAACUUUUUAAAGAUUUUAAAUUAAUUUUAAAGAUUAACUGAGCCACAAAUACUGUUUUAACACCAGGAUGUCUGUGCUACCUGUACAUUUGAUUGUGAAUUGUGAAACAGAACCUGUGACUAUUACAAGA